UAAAAAAUGUUUUCUUUAUAGUUCUUACGAUAUAUUAUUAACACCUUACAAAAUAUCUCAAUACAUAAUUCAUACUACCCCUCUCCUUUGACGAGGAAAUCGAGCCCAGGAGCGAGAAGCCUGUCUAUGGUAUAGAACACUGGUUUCUAUCCAAGUGACCCUAUGGACCUCAGUCAUACCUAUAAGGAUUUUUUCAAUAGCAUUAUUGAGAUAUGAUUUAUAUACCAUACAAUUUCCCCAUCUAAAGUGUAUGUUUCAACGUUUUUAUUGUAUUCACAGAGUUAUACAACCAUCACCACAAUUAAUUUUACAUUUUCAUUAUCCCCAAAAGAACCCCCACAGCCCUUGGCCUCACUCCCUAAUCUCCCCCACCCCCACAGUGCUAUGCAACCUCUAAUCUGCUUUCUGUCUCUGUGAAUUUGCCUUUUCUGGACAUUUCAUAUGAAUGAAUUACACAAUAUGUGGCCUUUUGUGUCUGUUUUUUUUUCACUGAGCAUCCUAUUUUCGAGGCUCAUCCACAUUGUAACAUGUGUCAGAACUUCAUUCCUAUCUUCCUGAAUAAAUGCCAUUGUAGAGCUAGACCACAUACAGGCACGAGCAAGUGUUUCAGAGGGAAAGCGUCGUUUAUGGACCGAUUCUGGAUGGUGGCCAAAGAGGAGAGUGGUGUCUGCAGAUGACCAGGGUGAGAAGGACGGGGUGUGGGCUAUUCUUGCAUAAUUAAACCAUUAAGGGAAGAAGGGGUUUUGUUAGGUUUUGUUUCAGUAAACAAGAGACCUGAAAACCUCGGUGGCCCAAAUGCAGAGAACCAGUGGAGGCAGAGACUUUUGGUGACCAGAGAGAACAGGACAUGAAUGAAAGUGAGGAGUUGUAAGCGCUUAUGAAGAUAUCUAUCCCAAAUGGAUAAAUUGUGAAACAGAUGAAAUUGUAAAAUUCUGAAUCAUGGAGGGAUACCUUUUGCUAAUCAGAUGUUAGGGCUUGUCUCGGAUGCUUGGUGCUCAGGAACACCAGUGACGUAGCCUGGACAAGGUACGCCGGGUGUCGUGUGAAGCUGGGCUCCGGAUCUUCCCCAGCUGGACUCCCAGCUCUGCUGCUUCAUGGCUGAUAGUGGCCCUGGCACGGCUCAGUGUCCUCAUCUGUAAACGGGGACAGAGCCCCUGGACUGCCGGUUCCCUUGCCAGGGAGGAGGAGUAGAAAUCCACCCACGGGGGCCUCAGCGCGGCCUGGGGGACAGGCUGUCGGUCCCAGAAUGCCCCUGCCUGAGCCCAGCGAGCAGGAGAGUGAGAGUGUGAAGGCCGGUCAGGAGCUGUCCCCUGAGUCCCCUGAGACUGGCACAGAUGUUGUCCCCACAGCCCCUGUGAAAUCCAAAGAGUUCUCCAAUCUGGUUCUGCUAAUGGCCUCCACUGAGAACGGGGAUGGGGUGGGCUCUCUGCCCAAGGAAGUACACUGCGUCAUGUCACUGGAGAUGUCUGGCCCCAACACCCUGGCCAGGACCCUCCAGAUCCUGCCAGGAGAGGAGCAGGGAGGGCCAGCCCAGCCAAGCCCCCAGGCCCUUGAGCAGAAAUACAGCAAGGCAGACACAGCCCCCAAGCCCCUGGAGUUCCUGAGGACCCCAUUUGGGGGCCGCCUCCUGGUGCUCGAGUCCUUCCUGUACAAGCAGGAGAAGGCUGUGGGGGACAAGGUGUACUGGAAGUGCCGAGAGCACACUGAGCUGGGCUGCCGGGGCCGGGCCAUCACCCGUGGCCCUCGGGCCACAGUCAUGCGGGGCCACUGCCACUCCCCCGACGAGAAGGGCCUGGAGGCACGGCGCCAGAGGCAGAAGCUGCCCAGCCCAGCCCUGCCGGAAGGCUUGGGGAGUCCUGAGGUCCCCCGAGGCCAGGUGGAGGAGCCACUCAAAGGAGCGGGCCCAUGGCUGUGCCCUGAGGAGCCAGAGCCUGCGCCUGGGCUGGUGCCAAGCAAGCCUGCCCCACAGGAGGAUGAAGGGCUGCGAGCCCUGUCGGUUCUGAGCUUGCCCUUCAAGAAACGCCGGACACUGGGGACCGGAGAGCGCCCGUCCUUGGAGUUCCUGAGGACCUGUUAUGGGGGUAGCUUCCUGGUGCACAAGUCAUUCCUAUACAAGCGAGAGAAAGCUGUGGGAGAUAAGGUGUACUGGACGUGCCGAGACCACACUCUGCAUGGCUGCCGUAGCCGGGCCAUCACCCAGGGCCAGCGAGUGACCAUGAUGCGUGGCCACUGCCACCCACCUGACAUGGAGGGCCUACAGGCCCGGCGGCAGCAGGAGAAGGCCAUGAAGACGCUGCAGGCCAGACCAGGUGGCCCCGGGGGCCAAGUGGACAAGCUGCUCCAAGGUGUGGAUAGCCUGCUCUACCGCAGGGGGCCCGGCGCCACGACUGUCACCAGGCCCCGUCCCAGAAAGCACACGAAGCCCCAGGCCCUGCAGGGAUCCCCUGCCGACGACCAGGACAAGAGCCUGGGAGGCCCCGAGUUCUUGAGGACCCCUCUGGGGGGCAGCUUCCUGGUGCACGAGUCCUUCCUCUACAGGCGGGAAAAGGCUGCCGGCGAGAAGGUGUACUGGACGUGCCGAGACCAGGCGCGCAUGGGCUGCCGCAGCCGGGCCAUCACCCAGGGCCAGCGGGUGACUGUGAUGCGAGGCCACUGCCACCCACCUGACCUGGUGGGUCUGGAGGCCCUGAGGCAGCGGGAGAAACGCCCUGGUGCGGCCCAGCGGGGAAUUUCAGGAGGCCCUGAGUUCCUGAGGACCCCUCUGGGGGGCAGCUUCCUGGUGCACGAGUCCUUCCUCUACAGGCGGGAAAAGGCUGCCGGCGAGAAGGUGUACUGGACGUGCCGAGACCAGGCGCGCAUGGGCUGCCGCAGCCGGGCCAUCACCCAGGGCCAGCGGGUGAUGGUAAUGCGCAGGCACUGCCACCCGCCGGACCUGGGGGGCCUGGAGGCCCUGAGGCAGCGCGAGCAGUUCCCCAGCCCAGCCCAGAGGGAAGGUUCAGGAAUCCUCCAGCCUCUGGAGUUCCUGAGGACUUCCCUCGGGGGGAGGUUCCUGGUACACGAGUCCUUCCUCUACAGGAAGGAGAAGGCCGCUGGCGAGAAGGUGUAUUGGAUGUGCCGGGACCAGGCCCGGCUGGGCUGCCGCAGCCGGGCCAUCACCCAGGGCCAGCAGGUGACUGUGAUGCGCGGCCACUGCCACCUGCCUGACCUGGUGGGCCUGGAGGCCCUGAGGCAGCGGGAGCAGCUUCCCAAUGCAGCCCAGCAGGAGGACCCAGAAAAGAUAAAACUCCUGCCUACAGUUCAACUGUGCUUCAAGACUUGUUCUCCUGAAAGCCAGCAGAUUAAUGGAAAAGUCAAAGCUAUAAAACCCAACAGUGAUUCUCAGUGAGGCCAUCUCCUCUCCAACUCAGAGGAACCUCAUGUGUCGCCAGCUUCAAGGAUGCUCCACGUCUACGUGGGACCCCAGCAUUUCCCACCCACUUAGCUUCUGCUGGACAAAAGCUCUUUUUCACUCUUUGAAAGCAUCAACAGCCUUCACACUUCCUCAAGAGGCCUUCCAAGAGGAAUGCUCUGAUGUUUCCUUUGCACAGGGAAAGAAAAGUGCCAGGAGCCGGCAGCUGGCAGGUGUGCAUGAUGUGGGGAAGGCCUGAGCUCUGCAAGGUCUGAAGAAGCAUCUUUUGACAAAGUCACUCUUCCCUGUCUGCCACCCCAAGCCACAAAUACCCAUCUGUUUUCAGAGCACGAGACUUUGCCAAGGACUUCCGAGUUGGGUGUGGCCCUGCUUGGGCCAAGGAACAUUUGGGGAACUUCUGCUUUUUGGAGCUGAGCUGAGCUGCCCUACCUAGCUCCAGCCACUCAGGUGUUUUCUAGACAGGGGCCAGGUGGCCCUUUGUGCCCCCUGGCCGCCUGCUGCUGGGGUGCAGUGAUCACUUACAGUAAUAGAGCAGGCCAAACAAGAGGCCCCAUUGCACACACUGCCCAACUUUCUUUCCCUCACUGUUUUCCAGCUUAAACCCAGUGUCCAUGAUCCCCACAGCAGGUGUUCCUGGCAGUGGGAGCCAGCCUGGAUGUCUGCAGAAAGCCAGCAUGGACCACAUUUUACCUAGCUGAGGCCAGAAGUGUCCCGGGUAGCCCACGUUUGUCUCACGCAGGAGGAGAGGCAGACGUGGAUGGCAGCGGAGGUGCAGUUCUUUCUCCAGCCUGGUAAUGCAGCAGAGAGCUACCCUAGCAGGUCCAGGGACACAGGCUGAUGUCCCCCUGGCAACUCCAGAGGCUGCUGCUUGCUAACAAGCCUUGUCUUCAACAGUGAGGCUACUUUCCCUCAUUCUAUAAUUGCAGAGGGAGCACACCCAGCAGGCUCUUUCUCUCCUGGCAAGCUGGCCAUGGAGCUUGCCUACCCGCUAUAGGACAGUGACAUCUUGGGUGCCCCUCACUGUCCCUCUGCUUGUUCCUUU